AUGGAUAAUUCCGGUUGGAAGAACCAAUCCAUCAUCAGAAAUGUGAUUAUCAGUAACCCAUCAUGCACCUGGAGCCGUCAAUAUGAUAAUUUCUCAGAACUAAACAGUACCGACUAUUGCGUUGUAGGUGGUAAAGUUGAGAUGAUGAUGAAUGAAGCUUUGCUUAGUUCAAACUUAGAGCUUCUCUGUGGAAAUCUUAACAAAGCCAACGAUGCUGUUCAAGAUAUCUUGCAGAAUCAGGCAGUGAUAAGCAUUUCUACUGAUUCCAUACUUCCAAAUUCAGUAGCUGAAGCUGCCAUGAGAGAGAAUUUGUCAGCUUCUUAUCAGUUGUGCACUCUUCCCCCAACAUUAAGUACUGAUCACAACUUCACGAACUCUGAAGAACUACAAUUCGCCAGUUCUGAAAUCAGAGAAGCCUGUAAUAAUACUUCUUCUGGAACUGAUUCAGAUCACUAUGCUUCGCAUAGCUCUAAUUUAAAUACAAAACAGAGAACAAAAGAAAAGCUUAGCUACAAGAGGAAAAGAGAGGAAUAUUCCUCCAACCAUCUCAAAUCGAGCUCAUCGACUGCGGACGGCGGAUUUCAAAUAAUUUUCGGCGACGAGGACCCGUUAAAGUCCAAAAAGACCAGAUUUGAGAUUGACAAGUAUGAACCCGACACCGAAGCAAUUGCGCAAGUGAAAGAGAUGAUUUAUAGAGCUGCGGCUAUGAGGCCGGUGAGUCUGGACGAGGAGGCGGCGGUCGAAAAGCCUAAGAGGAAGAAUGUGAGAAUAUCGAGCGAUCCACAGACGAUGGCUGCUAGGCAUAGAAGGGAGAGGAUAAGUGAGAGGCUGAGGGUUUUACAGAGGCUAGUCCCAGGUGGGAGCAAGAUGGAUACUGCUUCCAUGCUUGAUGAGGCUGCAAAUUAUCUCAGGUUUUUGAAAUCUCAAAUCAGUGCUUUGGAGAAGCUUGGGAACGGGAACAGAUCAGUUGAACUUGCCAUGACGAGCAUGCUUUCCUUUCCGGUUACUUCAAGCUCCCAAUCUUUCACCAUGCAAACUAUUUUCCCAUGA